CGUCACUGACGUCAGUAGCAGAUCAGGUCGAAAAGGACGCCGCCGCAGCGCCGUUAGCUGAGAAACAUGAUGUCUAUUGCUGCCCGUUCGGGGACGUUUUCCCCGUACCUGCAAGCAACCAACUAUGCUGUUGCAGGUCCACUAAAGGCUUUAAUACCGGGCGUAGUCGUGAAGAGCGAUAAAAUGUUGAUGGACGUCAAGAAACCGUUCCUCUGUCGAGAGUCUUUGAGCGGCCAGAGCGCUAAGACCGGCCUCUCCGUGUCCUCCAGCAUCAACGCUCGUGCUGGGGUGCGUUUUGCCCACACAGACAUCAAGAUCCCGGAUUUCUCUGACUACCGCCGACCUGAAGUAUUGGACCCAAAGAAGUCAUCGCAAGACAGUGGUGAAGCCCGCAAGGCCUUCUCUUAUCUGAUCACAGGUUCCUCAGCUGUUAUUGGAGUCUACACGGCUAAGACAGUGGUCUCGCAGUUUGUCUCCUCCAUGAGCGCCUCAGCCGAUGUGUUGGCUCUGUCGAAGAUUGAAAUCAAGCUAUCAGACAUCCCCGAGGGUAAGAACAUGACCUUCAAAUGGAGAGGGAAACCCCUGUUUGUCCGGCACAGGACGGAAAAGGAGAUUGCAGCUGAGGCUGGUGUUGAUCUGUCUGAGCUUCGGGACCCCCAGCAUGACAAAGACCGCGUUUUGAACCCAUCCUGGGUUAUUGUCAUCGGUGUGUGCACCCACCUGGGAUGCGUGCCCAUCGCUAAUGCUGGUGACUAUGGUGGCUAUUACUGUCCAUGCCACGGCUCUCAUUAUGAUGCAUCUGGUCGCAUUAGAAAAGGCCCUGCUCCACUCAACCUGGAGGUCCCCUACUACGAGUUCCCAGAUGAUGACAUGGUUAUUGUUGGAUAAAGUAAAGAACUGUACUCGCUAAAACCUAUGAUCACCAAACCUAUGAUGUCUGUUCUUGUUUGAUUUGUCCAUCUUACUUCAGACACAAAUUAUCUUCUUUGACUUGGCGGUUAAUUGUAAGUAAUAAAUGUGUAUUUUAUCUGAUAGAAGGCCUUGGUUAUUUAUUCAGUCUCGAUAUGCACGUUUUUGUCAGAUUUGCAAAUUGUUUUAACUUUGCAAGACAGAUAAGGAACGGAUACGAUCUGAAAGCACAGUUUGGAGGUAACAUUUUUGCGCAGCAGAAAGUUAUGGUAAGUGAUCAUUGCAGCAGGGUGUUUUCUUGCUGUAGUUGUAAAACAGUUAUUUUAGCAAUGAGAUGUGCAAGGUAGAAUAUUCUUUUGAAAUUUAUUUAAAAUGUCAUUUUUGUUGCAGGCAGUGGCAUGAUUAAUCAUCAUGAUUAUGAUUACAAUGAAUAUUUUCAUAAGUUAAUAAUAGGCUCUUUAAAUGCGUCAUACAACAAAUGAUGUUCUUACACAUGUUAACUCAAUAAAACAUUUACAUUA